CAAACGCUGCAAAACACACCAACCAGGCAAGCAGCGCCAGAAGCCAGCCACAUGUCUCUCGCCCCCAGCCUCUUCGCGUCGCCGGCGCUCGGCACGGCGCGCGAGCGGUCCGGCUCGAACCCGCCGGACAGCCGCCAGAGCCCCUUUGGCGCGUACGCCUCGCCGCCGCCGUCGAGCUUCGGCCAGCAGGGCUUCGGCGAGCCGCGGCGGCGGCGGGGGGCCGAGGCGACGCCGCUGGGCAACGGCCUGGCCUCGCCGCGCCACGUGCCGCGCGCGACGCGGAGCCCGGGCCCCCCGACGGCGUCUCUGUUGGACGAGCAGAUGCCGCGGCAGCCGCCGGACCUCUUUUCUCCCCCCAGACCGCAGCACGCGAGCCCGAUGGCCUGCGAGCCCGACGAUGCGCCGCUCUUCUCGCGCGCGGAGCCGGCCGGUACCGGGUUUACGGACGAUGGGGCGCUGGACUGCUGGGUGCUGGUUUUUGGGCUCGGGCCCGACGACGCGCCGCACGCCCUGACAGCUCUAGCGCAGCACGGCGACGUCCUCGAGCACGAGCGCGGCGCCGGGAACUGGCUUUUCGCGCGCUUUGCGUCGCGGUGGCAGUGCGAGGCGCUCCUGGCGCGGAAGGCGCUCGUCUUGGGCGAUGGAAGGACGGUCGUCGGCGCGCUUCGCGUCGACGACGACGCGGCGCGGCGCUUCGGCUUCCGCGGCGGCGGCGGCGGCGCUCCCGCGGCACCGGCGGCGCCGUCCCGAACACCGGACAACCUCAUGCUCCACCCGCGCCUGCGGCACCCGACGGAGCCGCGGAACUGCUGCGAGAAGCUCGUGGCCGCCGUCUUCUCCUGGUAA